CUCCUGGCAGAGCACAGCUCAUCCCAAAGCUGCCAGGCUGGGAAUGCUGCUCCUGGCAGAGCACAGCUCAUCCCAAAGCUCAUCCCAAAGCUGCCAGGCUGGGAAUGCUGCUCCUGGCUGCUCCCCACGCUGGUUUUCAGAAGGAAUGGGGUCCCGUGUUUAACCAUUAGUGCUGUAUUUAACGCUUGAAGUUGCAGCAGCAGGUGUGCGGGGAAAAGGUGCUUGGGGGAAAGGAGUGCAGGGCCAAGGUUUGACCUGCCUGAGCCUCAGGGAGAGGAUUCCUGGGGAAAAAAAAUAGGGAAAAAAAGUUUUUGUGGAAGCAGGAGGAGAGGGGAGGGGACGGGGGCUGCUCAGGAGACCCCAUGGAUUGAGGAGCACCUUUGGGGUGAGGCUGUGACGUGCUGGAGUCCCUAAACCCAGCCCCUGGGCCGUGUUCUAGCCUUGGAGUUCCCACCCCACAUCCCAGCUUUUUAAAGGAUGCUGUGUGUAAAUAUUCCCUCUAUUUUUACAUGGAUUCCUCCUGGUUUGCACCUCGGGGGUGCCGGGGUCGGUGCCACCCUUGCUGUCACCCUGUGCCACCACAAAUACAGCCCUCCCUCACCAGCCUGGCUGCACUGGAGUUCCCUGGGGUGCUGGGAAGGACGGGUGGGAAUGGCACCUUUUGGGGUCAUGGGGAGGGUUUAACCCCUCACUUCCUCACCCACACGGACUCUGAGGUGGAUUUUUCCUUCUCAAAUCCCUUGGGAUUCGGGGAUUUCAGCCCAGAGGGAUUUUUGGGGAAGUGGUGGUGAUUCCACCCCUUUUCCUUGGAAAUGAGUGAGGGGCAGGGGGGCUUUGGGGUCAGCCCUGAGUUCCCAUUCCCCACUGUGGGUUGGGGUCCAGGGGAGGGGACACUUUGGGGACACACUGGGGACACUCAGGGACCCCCCGGGUGCAGGGCCCGCAGGAGCCGCCAGAGGGCGGCAGUGGCACAGCCCGGGCUGGGGGGGGAGGGCGAACGAGACCCCAAAACCACCUGGGACACCCCAAAAUCGGGGACAUCCCCAAAACAGGGACACCCCUGUGCCCGGGGGCCACCGAAGAGCUCAGCGUGGCCCUGCAGGGGUGACCCAAGUCCCCACAAGGACCCAGCCCUGGGCUGAGGGAAGGAUCCCAGCUGGAAUUCCCAUCCCCUGGCACUGGGACAGGGGUCCUGGUGGCUCCAGGAAGACUCAAAUCCAUCCCCUCGCCCUGACCCCUUCUCUCCCCACAGCCCCCACAAAGUCCCAGCCACCCUGUCCCAUUCUCUGGCUGCACCAGCCUUUCCCAACCCCAUUUUUCAUGGAAUUGCCCAUUUUUCCCUCUGCAGCAUUCCUCACUCCCUGGGGCUGGGCAGCCUGAGGAAUCCUCAGGAACUGGGGAGCCUCUGCUGGAUUUUGGGGGGUAUUUAGGGUCAUGAAGGGCCCCUGUGGCUCCCACUGUCACCAGCACCUCACUGAGACCCACUGGGGGGGUCUCAGCCCCUCCCCAGGGUCCGGCAGUGACCCCGAUCCCACUUUUCCUGCCCGUGGAGGGAUUCAAAGGCACCCGAAGGGAGCCACAGGUUUUUUGCAUUUUCCCAAUCUGCUCUCAAGAUGUGGCGAGGGCGGAAGCGGCGCCUCAAAGGCUCCGGAUGAGCCUCGUGGGGCUGGGGACCCUCCAGGUGGCUUUGGGGGGAGGGAGGUGCUGGGGACACUGUCCUUGUGUGCAGGGACACAGAUCCCGGCCGGGUGUCCCCAGCGUGGCUCUGGGGCUGCAGCAGAGGGGUCCUGGGGCUUCCAGAGGGUGGUGCUGGCCUUGGGGACAGGCUGGGCUUGGGGACAGACCCGGAGGGACCUGCAGGAGGGUCUGGGCUUGGGGACAGACCUGGAGGGACCUGCAGGAGGGUCUGGGCUUGGGGACAGACCUGGAGGGACCUGCAGGAGGGUCUGGGCUUGGGGACAGACCUGGAGGGACCUGCAGGAGGGUCUGGGCUUGGGGACAGACCCAGAGGGACCUGCAGGAGGGUCUGGGCUUGGGGACAGACCUGGAGGGACCUGCAGGAGGGUCUGGGCUUGGGGACAGACCUGGAGGGACCUGCAGGAGGGUCUGGGCUUGGGGACAGACCGAGAGGGACCUGCAGGAGGGUCUGGGCUUGGGGACAGACCCGGAGGGACCUGCAGGAGGGUCUGGGCUUGGGGACAGACCUGGAGGGACCUGCAGGAGGGUCUGGGCUUGGGGACAGACCCAGAGGGACCUGCAGGUCGCUGUUCCCAGGGUAAUCCUUUCCCUGGAAGUCUGUGCCAUUCCCUGGGGGUGGGGGCUAGGAGGAUGAAGUGCACAGGCACGGACAGGAGCGUGUCCCAAACCUUCCAGGACACGGGGAUGUCACCACACGUGGUGUCCCUGCUCCCUGGACACGGCGCUGGAUUUGCCCUUUGUUCCCCAGCUGGAAAAAAUCAGCAAAUCCCCCAAAUUCCACCUCAGUCACAGCAUCCUGAGGACCUGGAAGAGUCCCUGAGGAGGAGCUCGGGGCUGGAGCCAGGAAUCCCAAAGGAGUGUCCUGGCUCCCAGGGGCCGUGUCCAGCUGGGAGGGUGCCGGACACACGGACACGAGCCCGGUCCUGCUGCCAUUCCCAGGGAAUCCUCGUGCUCCAGCCGGGCCUCGGGCUUGAAAUUUUCCCUGAUGUGUCAAAAGCAGCACCAGAAAAACCCCCAGCGAGCUGGAGGAGUUAUUGAAACCACUUUGGUGCCUCGUGACCUUUCCAUGAGAAGUUUGGAUGAAUAUCCUCCCAAAAAAACACUCACUGAAAGAACAAAUUGAAAUGUUUGAGGGAAAAGCCACAAACCCUCCAAAUGUGGGGACAAAAGCCCCUUGGGGUGUGGGGCUGCUCCUUCCUGCACUUCAAAGCUCAUUGUGUUCCUCCCUUGGCUCCAGGAUCCCAGCCCCGAUCCCAAACCUCCCCUCCCCCGGCCAGAACCCUUCUCCUGGUGAAAUUCAAUUCAAUUUUAUUUUCUUUUAAAAGGAAAACAAUACAAAAAAAAAGAAUUCA